AUGUCAAUGCAGCCUGACGUUCUUGUUGCCCGACGACUUCAGUGCUUUGACCUCGAAACCACCCAUGCACCAACCGAAUAUCAUUCAAUAGGUCGACGAUCGUUGGAGGAGACAAACACACUGCAUGUUGAAACCCAGAGGCAUCCUUCGUCCCGUCAAGAUCGCCUGGAGCGGAACCCUACGCAACCCACCUCUCACACGCUACAUGAAGUUGCCUCGGACAGCGUGAUCGAGGGAAGAGCAUUGCCUUCUCCCAAGACAAACACAAGCGUUCAGAAUCCUUCUGGCAGCCCUGAAAACGGUGGCUGGGACCUUGAUCCUGGUUUAGGUGCUCAACUGGUCGAGCUCUUCUUUGACAAUGUUCAAAGCUGGUUGUCAAUACUCCACCGGCCCAAAUUUGCUGCAAGGUAUAUACGGCGCACAGGUGAAACUGCCGUAUUGGUAAAUCGGUCGAUACUCCCCGAUGACGAAGCCCUUCUGUUAUAUGGGAUUUUCGCCUUGGGGGCAAGAUUCUCAAAAUCUCAUCUCGAGGAAGUCCCUCCAGUUGACCGAGGCGAGAAGUAUGCUAGGCAUGCUAAAAUGAUUUGGAAUUCGAUCCGCAAGACACUUCAGGACCCUAGCAUAGAGUACCUGCAAGGCUGUGUUGUGCUUGCAGCUUAUUGUUUGACUGCAGGACAGACACGGCUGGGCUCUAUCUUGAACAAACAUUGUGUCAGCCACGUCUCCUCUCUAUCACUGGAUGAAAUCGAUAGAGAGCUCAUGAACGAGGACGGCACCCUCAACAAUGCACGUUUUGAAGCGAGUGUGGUUUCCUGGGUCAGAAAAGAGGAGCUUCGGAGGCUGUGGUGGUCAAUGUGGGAACUCGAUAUCUAUUGUGCCACCCUUUCGCGUCAGCCUUAUGACAUUGCAAAACAGAUAAAAGUGCUUCUCCCUGCUCCAGACCGAGCCUGGUUCUGUGGUGUUCCGACGAGGUCGGCUUUCAUCAACAACCACCCUGAGCGUGUGUGGACGAGCUUGCAAGGAUCCUCCAAUCAAUCGUCCCGAGCCUGGUUCCUCCUGGCGAAUUACCUCAAGUCGUACAUAUUUUUUUCCAGCCAUCAACUUCCUGGGUCCCUUACCAGCACGAGAUCCGGCCUCAAGACAGCCCUUUGCAAUUUUAAGCUCUCUCUACCGGCAGAAUUCCAAUUACGAUCGCUAUUCAUCAGCAAUCAGAAUUAUGAAGAGGCUAAUUGGGUCGUCUCUACGCACUUGAUCAUUAUAGUGUGCGAAUCUCUACUGCGGGACUCGAGACGGCCUCCAAAUGAGUGGAACGAUGCCGAGUGUCCAGACUCAACUCAAGAUACAUUGCACUUCGCAAAGCGGAUCGCAUCUUAUCUUGUCGAUGUUGGCCAAGUAUGGCCGUCAGAAUACAUACCAUUGAGUCAUCCUAUUCUGUGCUGCUCCGUCAUUUCACUGGCCAGUAUGGAUAUCCAGCAGUGCGAGUGCAUCACUCGUGCCCUGGAGAUGACUGGGCUAAUCCUCGCCCAUUACGCGAAGUAUUGGAAAAUUGGAUCGAAAAUGCUUCGGCUUCUGAAUGCUGUCCGAGAAGCGCUUGUAACACACGCUUCACCUCAAAUCUUAGAGGAAAAGCAGACUUUAAUGGAAAUAUACUCGGGUCUUCUGCCCACAACAUUAAGACGAGAGAGCUUGGUCGAGACAUCUGCACGACGCCCGGGCGGUGUCCGCAGCAGCCCUAGGCAGUCCACGCAUGCAAUGGAAAUACGGUUGCAUAAUGAUAAUGCACAGUGGCGCCUCGAGGUCAGGUCCAGAUUGGGAGACGUCAUGCUCGAAACUGGAUCCGACCAGGGAGACGUCAUCCUCGAAGUCGCAUCCAAUGUCGUGCACGAGCAAGUGCAGCUUGAUGUGGUCAACGGAAACGGAAACAUCCUCAUAAGUCGCCGAGAAAGAGUUCAUUCAGAAGCAGAUUUUGGACUAGGGAACCGCAUCUCAUUGUAUUGA